AAUUUUCUUUACAUUUAGCUAACUCGAGCUGAUAUGACGUAUCUUGCUACAAUGUUGAUGUUUUUUUUUGUUUCAAUGUGCUCAGGAAUUGAUCUGUGUGUUAAAGGUUGCAGCCUUUUGAACGUCUGGUGUCAAAAGCAACCUGCAAGCAACUAUUUUGGUAUUUAUUGGUUUGGGUUAAGAGAAUUGCCUUCUGAUUUUUGGUUUUUGGGAUAUUAAUUUCCGGUAAGGUUGAGGAUUAUCUUUGUAUAUCAUGAGAACUUCGUGGGCUGAUGCUGUGGAUAAUGCAGCUUCAGGCUCUGACGGUUAUGGGGUUGGUGGGACUUCAGGGGAUUCCCAUAGACCUGCAUAUGUUCCACCUCAUCUUCGUAACAGGCCACCCACUCCCGACCCAAUGGUUGGCCAGGCGACAUCAAAUAAUGGGCCGCCACCCAUUAAUGAUAGGUUAGGAUACAGUGGUCAGACAAGUGGGUCAAGGUGGGCUGGUCCCAGGUCUGAGUAUGGUAGACCAGGAUAUGGUAGCGGCGGCGGUCGUGGUGGUCGAGGUGGUUGGGGAAAUAGAGGUGGUAGUUGGGGUGGUAGAGAAUUGGAGGCCAAUCCAUUUGGUAAUGAUGAUGUUGAUGAUCCUGCAGAAAUUGCAUCAGAGCAAGAAAAUAGUGGUAUUAAUUUUGAUGCUUAUGAAGAUAUUCCUGUGGAGACCAGUGGGGUUAACGUACCACCUCCAGUUAAUACAUUUGCAGAAAUAGACUUAGGGGAAGCUCUAAAUCUUAACAUUAGGAGGUGCAAAUAUUUCCGCCCAACCCCUGUUCAACGGUACACGAUUCCCAUUUCUCUGGCAGGACGAGAUCUGAUGGCUUGUGCUCAGACUGGCUCAGGGAAGACAGCUGCCUUUUGCUUUCCCAUAAUCAGUGGGAUUAUGAGGGGCCCAUCUGUACAAAGACCACCUUGUUUUAGGACAGUCUUUCCCCUUGCUCUCAUUCUAUCUCCUACAAGGGAGCUCUCUUGUCAGAUACAUGUGGAAGCUCGAAAGUUUGCUUACCAGACUGGUGUCAAGGUGGUAGUUGUUUAUGGAGGAGCACCGAUUAAUCAACAGUUACGAGAGCUUGAGAGAGGAGUUGAUAUUCUUGUGGCGACUCCUGGAAGAUUAGUUGAUUUGCUGGAGAGAGCAAAAGUUUCAUUGCAAAUGAUAAGGUAUUUAGCUCUUGAUGAGGCAGAUCGGAUGUUGGAUAUGGGAUUUGAGCCUCAAAUAAGGAAGAUAGUGGAACAAACGGACAUGCCGCCACCCGGUGGAAGACAAACAAUGUUGUUUAGUGCUACAUUUCCUAGAGAAAUCCAGAGACUGGCAUCUGAUUUUCUUUCAAAUUACAUAUUUCUGACUGUCGGUCGUGUUGGUUCAAGUACUGAUUUGAUUGUCCAAAGGGUGGAAUUUGUUCAAGAAACUGAUAAGAGAAGCCAUCUUAUGGACCUUCUCCAUGCACAAAUGGAUAAUGGAUCUGGCAAGCAACCUCUUACACUCGUGUUUGUUGAGACAAAGAAGGGAGCCGAUUCACUUGAAUAUUGGCUAUGUGGUAACGGGUUUCCAGCUACUACUAUUCAUGGUGACAGAACACAGCCGGAAAGGGAGCUAGCUUUGCGAUCGUUUAAGAGUGGAAAGACGCCAAUUCUGGUUGCAACAGAUGUGGCAGCUCGUGGUCUUGAUAUCCCACAUGUUUCUCACGUGGUCAACUUCGACCUCCCAAAUGACAUUGACGACUACGUCCACCGGAUAGGACGGACAGGACGAGCUGGCAAGACGGGAUUAGCCACAGCCUUCUUUAACGAGAACAAUAUGUCGCUAGCAAAACCGCUAGCAGAUUUGAUGCAAGAAGCUAAUCAAGAAGUACCACAGUGGCUCACUCGUUAUGCCAGCCGGGCGGCUUAUGGUGGUGGUGGUGGCAAGAACAGACGCUCAGGAGGACGUUUUGGUGGCCGUGACUUCCGAAAGGAAAGCUCCUUCAACAGGGGUGGCAAUGGAGGCGGCAUGGAUUACUACGGUGGUGGUGGUGGUGGUGGAUAUAGCGGGUAUGGUGGUGGAGGGUAUGGUGGGGCUGGAGCACCCAGUGCCUGGGAUUAGUCUUUUUUUUUUCUCCAACUAUGUAACCUUUUUCUCAGGGAUUAAGAAUUAUGGUGUGGAAAUUUUGUUCAGUUGACAGAUGAUUAUAUCAUUCUCUCUCUCUCAACA